GUAUUAGUCCAAAAUAUCUUUUCUAUUGGCUAUCGAUGGGCAUAGAACACUACCGCCUGUUCAAUAUAUUGUACAAAAACGCCUCUUUGUUUAGCCUGCAAUAGGGCCGUUAUUAUGUCUUGUUGCAAAAGGAUAUUUGAGCGAAAUAUCGUUUCUGUUUGUGUAUGGAUGUGUAUCCAACCUCAAACUUUGUCUACUUUGUAAAAACAGCUUUCCGUAAAUGGCAGUUAUGCGAAAUAUUGUGGAAUAUUACGUUGGUUAUGGCCAUCGACAGAAAAAGUAUGUAGUUUUUAUGAAGCGACAGACAUUAUUAUGAAGGUAUUAUGCAGUAUUAUGCGAUAUUACGUUGGUAUGGCCAUCGACAGAAAAUCGACAGAGAGUAUUAUGAAGGUAUUAUGCAGUAUUAUGCGAUAUUACGUUGGUAUGGCCAUCGACAGAAAAUUUAUGUAUUUUUUAUGAAUUAUGAAGGUAUUAUGCAGUAUUAUGCAGUAUUAUGCGAUAUUACGUUGGUUAUGGCCAUCGACAGAAAAAUAUGUAUUUUUUAUGGAACGAUAGAGAGUAUUAUGAAGGCAUUAUGCAGUAUUAUGCGAUAUUACGUUGGUAUGGCCAUCGACAGAAAAUUUAUGUAUUUUUUAUUAAUUAUGAAGGUAUUAUGCAGUAUUAUGCAGUAUUAUGCGAUAUUACGUUGGUAUGGCCAUCGACAGAAAAAAUAUGUAUUUUUUAUGUAACGACAGAGAGUAUUAUGAAGGUAUUAUGCAGUAUUAUGCGAUAUUACGUUGUUAUGGCCAUCGACAGAGAAAUUAUGUAUCUUUUAUGGAUUAUGAAGGUAUUAUGCAGUAUUAUGCGAUAUUACGUUGGUUAUGGAUUAUUGACAGAAAAAAUAUGUAUUUGUUAUGUAGCGACAGAGAGUAUUAUGAAGGUAUUAUGCAGUAUUAGGCGAUAUUACGUUGGUUAUGGCCAUCGACAGAAAAAAUAUGUAUUUGUUAUGUAGCGACAGAGAGUAUUAUGAAGGUAUUAUGCAGUAUUAUGCGAUAUUACGUUGGUAUGGCCAUCGACAGAGAAAUUAUGUAUCUUUUAUGGAUUAUGAAGGUAUUAUGCAGUAUUAUGCGAUAUUACGUUGGUUAUGGAUUAUUGACAGAAAAAAUAUGUAUUUGUUAUAUAGAGAGGAUGUCGGAUAAUGCAGUUUCAUUUGUCGGGUCCAUUUGGUUGGAGAAGUAUGACUGAACGUCUGUCGGGCUUUUAAUAUCGAUAAAGUAUGAAGGGUUCUAGUUAUGUUGUACGUCGUGUGUCGGGACCACUUAGCCCGGUGCUAAAUGAAGUCAUUCCCCUUUUGCUUCCAUUGUUAUUCACAAUGUUUUAAAUGAUAAUACAAGGAUAGCCAGUUUUGAAUUAGUCUAAUCUGAGUUUCAUUCUUUAGGAAAUAUACUUAUAUAUAUAGCUUAAAAAGUUUUUUUAUUGUAUAUAUCUCUGCUAUGCACAAGACUGGCUCUAUCUUGAGGGAUAGGUGACUUGUUAUUUAUGGUUUAUUUUUUUUGCAAAAUAGAUGGAUCAGACUUCAUUCACCUACGUUCACCAAAAUAUAUAUAGCAUAUCUGCUGUCAUGUUGAUUUAUCUUUUUAUUAAGAGUGCACUCCAAUUGAUGGUUUGAAAGGUUUCUUUGAUAAUUUUUUGAAGAGUAGGAACUAUAAACUAUAAAUCAUCACUAUUUUUAAGUCUAUAAAUAUAUUGUAAUUAUUUCCAAGCUAAAUUUGACAAUUCAAAGGUCAACUCAGAAUUUCUGUAACCGGAUGAACUUGUGAUGUUUUUUCAGAGAGUUUACGAAAAAAGCCAAAAAUUUUGAGUUGUCAGUACUGGAGAUUAAUUGUAUAUCUAAUACCAGUGAAGUUUAAUUUUAUAAAAUUUGAUCUAAUCUUUAAAAUGUGAAUAAUGUUUGAAUUUUGUUGUAGAUUAUUAACCUGUAAAGAAAUUCUUGUUGGUUCACUGGAAUUUUCAGUCAGUAUAAGUAUUUUAUGCCUCACUAAUUUAGCAUUUAUAUAACCAGUAAGCCAUAUUGCCUGUAUUUGAAGCCUGUAUUUUAUGAAAAAAAACCUUGGAAAUUUGUAUUUUUUCUUUAAAAUAGCUAGGUAUAGCCUGGAAUCUUCAUUUAAAAUAUGAGUGGCAGUCCUGUCACCUAACAUGUCGUUAUGAACCACGUCUACUAAUUGCUUGUACAAUCUUUUUUUAAUUACAACAACAUGCGUGACAACAUUUUUAUGAACUAUACAUUCUUUCCAUCACCAAACUUCAGUGUUGAUUAGGUUUGCAAAAACACCAAAAGUUUCUUUGUCUUAAUCCAAAGAGACUGUCCCAGGGACUGUCUUUGUGUAUCUAAAGUCAAGGAUGCCUUUGGAGAACACUUCACACAUAAACAAAUGUUGUUUUAUUAUUGAGAAAUAUAAACUUUGUUUUACACCAUCAUUUUAUAUCAUCCUUUGUACUCAUACCUUCAUUCUUAUGAGGACAUGUGUUUGCAAAAGUUUGACAGAUUGAUAUGACAUUUCACAUCUUGCCAUCUUUAUCAAUUGUUUACGAGUCUUUCUUUUUGUAUAGAUUGUUUUUUUAAACCUUUCUUUCUCUACUGUUUUUUCUAAACCCCUACUAGUCUUGAUCUUGAUCCACAUGAAGAACAACUUUAAACUUCUCUGCAAUCUCUCAAGAUUGUGUAAGGGAAAGCCAGAAGGCACUAUCCACACAAAUAAACGUUCCUUAAAAUGUUCUUGUUUUGUGUUCUUGAAAAGGAAUCUGUCACAGCAAUCUUUACCUGGCAAAGAAAAUGUUUUCACUUUUCACAAUUUUAGAAAAGCUCAGUACGAAAAAGUUUAGCAAGGGAGGUAGAUAGAUCACAAUAAGGAAAAGUAAGACCAGCUUAAUCUACAGUUUUUGCUCAAUUUUUCUAAGUUUUUAUUUUUAUAUCGAAAGAAGUAAAAAAAAAAUGUGUACUAUAUAUGUUUAUAUGUAU